AGUGUGUGUCGGUGUGCCAGUCAGCCAGAGCAUCGGGCCCCAUCUGCACGCCUCUCUCUCUCUGUGUGUCUCUCUGUCUCUCUCUCUCUCUCUGUCUCCCUUUAUCCUCUCUCGACCCCCGCCCGCUCACUCCCAGUGUCCGCGAGGAGACUAUCUGCGGCAGCAGCAGCAGCACUCUCACUUUCACUACACCGGGUGGGGGAAUGUACUGACACUAUACGGACCAGACCGGGAGCGCAUCACCAUCUCCAUCACCUCCAUCACCGCGUCCCCCUGCUUGUUUGCGGGGCUUUCCCCCGCCCCCGGAGGUGCAAACGGGUUUUUGGAAUCUCAGCAUCGCUCGCACUUCGUUUGUGGAUUAUUGUUUUCUUCCUGAUCGACGGAAAGAGUGAAAUGGAGGAGUCCAGCUCUCAGAAGUUGGUGUGGGAUGGGGACGCCAAAGCGGUCCAGCAGUGUCUCACGGAUAUUUUCACAAGCGUCUACACGACGUGUGACAUCCCGGAAAACGCCAUAUUCGGGCCUUGUGUGUUGAGCCACACGUCGCUGUACGACAGCAUCGCCUUCAUCGCUCUGAAGUCCACCGACAAACGCACAGCACCUUAUAUCUUCAGGGUGGACACCUCAGCGGCCAACAGCACUUCAGAGGGCUUGAUGUGGCUGCGGUUGGUCCAGUCGGCCCGGGACAAGGAGGAGCAGAACCUGGAGGCCUACGUGAAGAACGGCCAGCUGCUGUACCGCUCGCUCCGCCGGAUCGAGAAGGACGAGGAGCUGCUGGUCUGGUACGGCAAAGACCUCAUCGACCUGCUGCUGCUCAGCUCCAGCAGAGCACCCACCAAGAGCAAAGGUUCGUCUCACUACUCAUGUCCAGACUGCAGCCAGCGGUUCCAGUUUGAGUUUCCGUUCUUGGCCCAUCUCCGGUUCCGUUGCACCAAAAGAUUGCAGAGCAUCACAGGUGUCGACGAGGAGCCGAGCAAAGACAGCACCACCGAGCAACCAAAAACAACCCCGACCAGGACCAGUCCAAAGCUUGGCCGUUCCGAGGGCUUCAGCAGCCCUCAGGAUAGCAACAAACCCUCCACAGACUUUCAUAACCUGGCCAGGGAUCUAGAGAACAACCGGACCAGCCCGCCCAGCGACAAGGAGGCCGAGAUCUGCAGCGAGAGCUCGGGGAAGAGGAAGUUCUCGGAAAUAGAGGACAGGGAGCGCCGAGGGCCCAGUCUUCCACAAUCCAAGUCUAAAGACGAGCUAGCAACGUCUGCACAGAACUACAGAGGGGCGUACGGCCUGGAGGAGAACCACAAGGCCUUCUCCCCGCCGGGCUCCACAGAACUUGGUCAGGGCAAGCGCAGCGCAUUCACCGAGGUCAAGAAGUCUUCCCAGAACCUCAAACACCACAGCGGCAACAAAAACCUCCAGAGCUCCAACUCUGAAAACAAAGAUGGCGGUCGUCCAAGCAGCAAUCCAUCAGAGAAGCACCUCAACAUCAGGCAAGUGCUGACGGAGACCCAGCCACCCCAAACCUCACCCAUGGGCAGCGCUUUCACUUCAGUUACCCAGCAAGGCGGCGGCAGCGGUGGAGAGAGGAAGAGCGCCUUCAGCCAGCCGUCUCGCUCCUCUUUCGCCCAGAUCUCACCGCUGGUGAUGCCGGCCAAGCUGCUGGACUGCCACCCAGCGGUGGGCGACACCAUCUCCUCCAACAGACUCUACCAGGCCGACCACCUUGCCGCCAAACUGCAGGGCGCAGAACUGGGCGCCAAUUGCCCCGUGCCAGGCGGCAUGGCCAAACAGAACCCCUUUGUCUACGCCACUACCUUCUGGCCCAAGAACUCUGGGGCUAUUCAGCUUCAGAUGCCCUCGGCGCUCACCCUCCUGCCGCCCUCCUUCACCUCCCUCUGCCUGCCGGCGCAGAACUGGUGCGCCAAAUGUAACGCCUCCUUCCGCAUGACCUCAGACUUGGUUUACCACAUGCGAUCCCACCACAAAAAGGAGUACGCCAUGGAGCCACUGGUCAAGCGGCGGCGCGAGGAGAAACUCAAGUGCCCCAUUUGCAACGAGUCCUUUCGGGAGCGGCAUCACCUGUCACGUCAUAUGACCUCCCACAACUGACUUUUAAAGACUAACAAGGGAGGGACUGUUUUCUAUCACGGAGGGUCUGUGACCCUGCCUGGAUUUAAGCAGUCCGACUGGAGAAAGGCCACCUAAAAAUACAGAAACACCCCUUGCACUUGUUUUCACUUUGGACUAUGAUCUUCUAAUUCCUGUUGGGUCUGUUUACUUUUCUCCCCUGUACAAAAUGUCAUGUCUUGGGUGUAUGCAAAAGCAUUUUGACUUCAGAAAUUGAUCUAUGUGUGAAGCACUUAAACGUUUGAGAAUAAGGGAAGAUUUAAAUAUGUGUAAAUGUACAGUAAGUUGUAUUUUAUAUCAUAUAAAUGCAAAUAUAGAGAAGAAAUACAAAUGUAGUCACAAGUGAUGGUUUACAACGCAGCAAGUUUUAUUCAUGUCUACAAUGAAUAUGGACACACAUUGGGAUAUUAUGUCAGACUAUAUUUCAGAGUGCAUGUAAUAUUAAAUGAUAUUAAUUUCAGAUGCAGUCUAUACAUUGCGAUGUAAAUAAUUUGUUUUAUUUGAAAUACAAAAGUGUAAUAUUUUGUGUCAGUGGGGAAUAGUUUACGUGUGUUUCUUCCUUUUGCGGAAAUUUACUACUUGAUAGUUUAUCUAAUCACGUUGAAUGCAUUGACAAUAAAAUAGCUUUAUUUUCAACUGUG